UUGUUAUUUCUGCCCAAGCAAGAAUCUUUUGUGGUGGGCAUUGGUUAUCUGUGCAAAAAUCUGCAUUUUCAUGAGAAUUCAUCAUCUGGGUCGCCAUAAAAAUGCAAUCUUUAGAGAAGAACAAUGCUGAUUUGGAAACGGGUGGCAAUGGCGGCGGGGGUGUUAGUGUCAGCUCCAUUUCCGGCGAGAUUACCGGCGUGCCGGAAAAGAGGAGGAGAUCUUCGGCGGUGGAGGUGGAUCUGGAAGCUGCUGGUGGGGAGCAAGAAAACGAGGUACAUUCGGAGAAACCUGAGAGGGAUUGUCGGAUAUGUCAUCUGAGCUUGGAUGCGGAGAAUCCGGAAUCUGGGCUUCCCAUGGAACUAGGUUGUUCUUGUAAGGAUGAUUUGGCGGCUGCUCACAAGCAUUGUGCUGAGGCUUGGUUCAAGAUAAGGGGAAACAAGACCUGCGAGAUCUGUGGAUCAGUUGCACACAACGUGGUCGGGAUAAGUGAGGCCGAGCCAGCAGAGCAGUGGAGCGAGGGAAGCACAGCCGCGGUGACAACAGAAACAGCGCCAACGCCCCCAGCAGAGGCUCGCAACUUCUGGCAAGGCCACCGGUUUCUCAACUUCUUGCUGGCCUGCAUGGUUUUCGCCUUCGUCAUUUCGUGGCUCUUCCACUUCAAUGUGCCCUCAUGAGAAUCAUGAAAAGGGGAAAACAUGGAUUGUAAUCUUAUUUGUGAUGUGUUCCUAAAGGUUGUAAUAUGGUAAUAUCAUUGAGGUUGUUUUCUUAAGUUAAAUAGAAAAAAUGUAGUUUGUUGUGACUCUAUAAAUCCCCACUGUGGUUCAUGUUGAACAACUGUUUCAUGAUCUGUGUUCUGCCAUUACAGAUUUAAGGCUUUUUGGAUUGUAUCCAGUAUUGAUUAGCACCUUAUUACGGUCAGGAUUAAACAUUUAUUAUCACAUCAAAAGAUGUAGCUAGUAGUGGCGAAGGCACAA